GUCUGUCUUGAGCAGAGCUGCUCGCGCGGGGCUGGAGUGGCAGAAGUACAGCGGUGCUUGGUAGCUGUAAAAUAAGUACUAGGCGGACGAUUUAAAAAGACAAGCCGCCCCUCGAGAAACGGCAAUAUGCAGUAAGACUAUUUUCAAAAAGCAUACUGUACUUUGGACUAAUUUAAAUGCCGUUUAGACUAAAUAUUGGGUGUUCCUAUAGUCGUGCAAGAUGCACUGAUAUCAGAGCAAGCAAAUGAGGGAUUGAAGGAAAGGUAGUGUCGUGAAUGAUCAAAUAUCAAAUACUCGUGUUGGAGAGAAAUAAUAACGGACAUGGCUGACAGAACGGCACCGAAUUGUCACCUGCGGUUGGAAUGGGUCUACGGUUACCGGGGGCACCAGUGCCGCAACAACCUGUACUACACAGCGGCGAAGGAAAUAGUCUAUUUCGUCGCCGGUGUGGGAGUAGUUUACAACACCAGGGAACACAAGCAGAAAUUCUACUUGGGACACAACGAUGACAUAAUCAGUUUAGCCCUGCAUCCGGAGCGUGUGCUGGUGGCCACUGGUCAAGUGGGCAAGGAGCCCUACAUUUGUGUGUGGGACUCCUACACAGUGCAGACGGUGUCCAUUCUCAAGGACGUGCACACACAUGGCAUCGCCUGCCUGGCCUUUGACCUUGAGGGACAGUGUUUGGUGUCUGUGGGCUUGGACGCAAAGAAUACGAUCUGUGUUUGGGACUGGAGAAGAGGAAAGGUGCUCGCUGCAGCCCCUGGCCACACGGACAGGAUAUUUGACAUAUCAUGGGAUCUAUACCAGCCAAGCAAGCUUGUGAGCUGUGGAGUCAAACAUAUCAAGUUCUGGAGCUUGUGCGGCAACGCUUUGACCCCCAAGCGUGGCGUUUUCGGCAAGACCGGGGAUCUCCAAACCAUCCUCUGCCUGGCCUGCGCUAGAGAUGAGGUCACAUAUUCGGGCGCCUUGAACGGCGACAUUUACGUCUGGAAGGGGAUUAAUCUGGUGCGGACCGUGCAGGGCGCCCACGGGUCGGGGAUUUUCAGCAUGAACGCCUGCGAGGAGGGCUUCGCCACGGGCGGCCGGGACGGCUGCGUCCGGCUCUGGGACCUCAACUUCAAGCCCAUUACGGUGAUCGAUCUCAGGGAGACGGACCAGGGGUACAAAGUAACUAGAGGUGAAAAUUGCAGAGGGCUAUCCGUACGCAGCGUGUGUUGGAGGGGCGACCACAUCUUGGUGGGCACCCAGGACAGCGAGAUUUUCGAGGUGGUGGUCCACGAUCGCACCAAGCCCUUCCUGAUCAUGCAGGGCCACUGCGAGGGGGAGCUUUGGGCGCUGGCCGUGCACCCCACCAAGCCCCUGGCCAUGACAGGCAGCGACGACCGCUCGGUCAGGAUAUGGAGCCUGAUCGACCACGCCCUGAUCGCGCGCUGCAACAUGGAGGAGCCCAUUCGCUGCGCGGCCGUCAGCACCGAUGGCAUCCACCUGGCGCUGGGCAUGAAGGACGGCUCGUUCACUGUCCUCAGGGUCAGGGACAUGACCGAGGUAGUGCACAUCAAGGACCGCAAGGAGGCCAUCCACGAGCUGAAGUACUCCCCCGACGGGGGGCACCUGGCCGUGGGCUCCAACGACAACUCGGUGGACAUCUACGGCGUGGUGCAGCGCUACAAGAAGGUGGGGGAGUGCAUGGGCUCCACCAGCUUCAUCACGCACAUGGACUGGUCCUCCGACAGCAAGUACCUGCACACCAACGACGGCAGCGGCAGGAGGUUGUUCUACAGAAUGCCAAGUGGUAAGGAGGUCACCAAUAGGGAGGAGCUGAAGAUGGUGCAGUGGUCCACCUGGACCUGCGUGCUGGGCCCAGAAGUGAACGGGAUUUGGCCCAAGUACUCCGACAUCAAUGAUAUCAACUCCGUGGACGCCAACUUUAAUAGUCAAGUAUUAGUAACGGCCGACGAUUAUGGAUUGGUUAAACUGCUACGAUAUCCUUGCGUGAGAAAAGGUGCAAAGUUUAAAAAGUAUUUAGGUCACUCUGCCCAUAUAACUAAUGCCAGAUGGUCACAUGACUAUCAGUGGGUGAUCACUAUUGGUGGAGCUGACCACUCAGUGUUCCAGUGGAAGUUUAUUCCUGAAAGAAAGUCAAAAGAAGCCCUUCAUAUAGCACCUCAAGAAACUCUGGCGGACUCCAACAGCGAGGAAUCGGACUCGGACCAAUCGGAUGUGCCGGAGAUGGACUCAGAGAUCGAGCAGGAGACGCAGCUUACUUACAGACGUCAGGUCUAUAAAGAAGAUCUACCUCAGCUCAAAGAGCAGUGCAAGGAGAAACAUCGGAUGAUGGCCACCAAGAAGCGGGAAAGGGCUCCAGCGAGUGGUGUGAGGCUCCAUUUCAUCCACGGUUACAGGGGAUACGACUGCAGGAGCAACCUGUUCUACACCCAGACGGGGGAGAUUGUGUACCACGUCGCAGCUGUUGGGGUUGUGUACAACCGGCAGCAGAACACGCAGCGUUUCUACCUGGGCCACGACGAUGACAUUCUCUGUCUGGCAAUCCACCCCCUGAAGGACUAUGUAGCAACAGGCCAGGUGGGCCGAGAUUCCUCCAUCCACGUUUGGGACACGGAGACGCUGAAGCCCAUGUCUGUACUGAAAGGGUACCAUCAGUACGGAGUGUGUGCUGUGGACUUCUCAGCGGAUGGCAAGCGGUUGGCGUCAGUCGGGCUGGAUGACAAUCACACCAUUGUCCUCUGGGACUGGAGGAAGGGAGAAAAGCUGUCCGCCAUCAGGGGAAGCAAGGAUAAGAUUUUUGUCGUCAAAAUUAACCCUUACGUGCCUGACAAGCUCAUCACGGCUGGGGUGAAGCAUAUGAAGUUCUGGCACAAAGCAGGUGGGGGUCUGAUCGGGCGAAAAGGAAACAUGGGGAAGACGGAGACCAUGAUGUGCGCUGUGUAUGGCUGGACAGAGGAGAUGGUGUUCUCAGGGACCUGCACAGGGGACAUCUGCAUCUGGAGGGACAUGUUCCUCAUCAAGACGGUUAAGGCCCAUGAUGGACCUGUGUUCAGCAUGCAUGCCCUGGAGAAGGGCUUCGUAACGGGGGGAAAAGACGGUGUGGUCGCUCUGUGGGACGACACCUUCGAGAGGUGCCUGAAGACCUAUGCCAUCAAGCGGGCAGUACUGGCCCCGGGCUCCAAAGGUUUGCUGCUGGAAGACAACCCGUCCAUACGUGCCAUAUCCCUGGGCCACGGUCAUAUAUUAGUGGGUACGAAGAAUGGUGAAAUCCUGGAAGUGGACAAAAGUGGUCCCAUUACUCUUUUAGUCCAGGGCCACAUGGAGGGCGAAGUGUGGGGCCUGGCCACCCACCCUCACCUCCCCCUCUGCGCCACCGUCAGCGACGACAAGACCCUGCGAAUAUGGGACCUCUCCCCCAGCCACUGCAUGCUGGCCGUGCGAAAGCUCAAGAAAGGGGGUCGCUGCUGUUGUUUCUCCCCGGAUGGCAAGGCGCUGGCGGUGGGCCUGAACGACGGCAGCUUCAUCAUCGUCAACGCCGACACCCUGGAGGACCUGGUCUCCUUCCACCACCGCAAGGACGCCAUCUCCGACAUUCGCUUCUCCCCAGGUGCUGGAAAAUACCUGGCUGUGGCUUCAGCAGACAGCUUUGUGGACAUCUAUAACGUGAUGAGCAGCAAGAGGGUGGGAGUGUGCAAGGGGUCACUGAACUACAUCACCCAUCUGGACUGGGACAAGAGAGGGAAGCUUCUGCAAGUUAACACGGGGGCCAAGGAGCAGCUAUUUUUCGAAGCUCCCCGUGGCAAGAGGCAGACGAUUCCCGUCGCGGAGGUGGAGAAGAUCGACUGGAGCACUUGGACAUGUGUGCUGGGAACACACUGCGAGGGCAUUUGGCCAGUGGUCAGUGAGGUCACAGAGGUCACUGCAGCCUGUCUGAGCAGCAGCAGAAAGGUUCUGGCCACCGGCGAUGACUUGGGUUACGUGAAGCUGUUCAGGUAUCCUGUCAAGGGCAAGUAUGCAAAGUUCAAGCGCUACGUGGCGCACAGCACGCAUGUGACCAAUGUGCGGUGGACGCACGACGACGCGCUGCUGGUGACGGUGGGCGGGGGGGACACCUCCCUCAUGAUCUGGAGCCACGAGCCCGAGGGCCACCGAGAGGCUCGGCAGUGUGACAGCGAGGAGUCGGACAUCGAGAGCGAGGACGAUGGCGGGUAUGACAGUGAUGUGAUGAGGGAGAAUGAGAUUAACUACACCAUCAAGGCCUUAUCCACCAACGUGCGCCCGAUGUCCGGGAUAAAGCCCCACCUGCAGCAGAAGGAGCCUUCCGUGGAUGAGAGGCAGGGGGUAGUAAGGGGGUCCAGACCUCCUGUGAGUAGGGCUCUGCCUCAGCCAGAGAAGCUGCAGACCAACAAUGUGGGCAAGAAGAAGAGGCCCAUCGAGGACCUUGUUCUGGAGUUGGUGUUUGGUUACCGUGGCAACGACUGCCGUAACAACGUCCACUACCUUAACGAUGGCGCGGACAUCAUCUACCACACGGCCUCGGUGGGCGUGGUCCUCAAUCUCGCAACAGCCUGCCAGAGUUUCUACGUGGAGCACAGCGACGACAUCCUUUGCCUGACCAUCAACCAGCACCCAAAGUUCCCCAACGUGGUGGCAACUGGCCAAGUAGGUGAUUCUGGUGAUAUGUCAGCAACAUCGCCUUCUAUCCACGUGUGGGAUGCCAUGAACAAACAGACACUUUCCGUGCUUCGCUGCUUCCACUCGCGGGGAGUCUGCUCCGUUAGCUUCAGCGCCACUGGGAAGCUCCUCCUCUCUGUGGGGCUGGACCCUGAGCACACCAUCACCAUCUGGAAGUGGCAAGAAGGUGCCAAAAUCGCUAGCCGGGCCGGGCACUCCCAGCGCAUCUUCGUGGCGGAGUUCCGCCCGGAUUCGGACACGCAGUUCGUGUCGGUGGGGAUCAAGCACGUGCGCUUCUGGACGCUGGCGGGCCGGGCCCUGCUCAGCAAGAAGGGCGUGCUCAGCUCCAUCGAGGAGGCCCGCAUGCAGACCAUGCUGUCCGUCGCCUUCGGAGCUAAUAACUUGACAUUUACAGGUACCAUAAGUGGGGAUGUGUGUGUGUGGAAGGAGCACGUUCUAGUGAGAAUCGUGGCCAAAGCCCACACAGGCCCCGUUUUUACCAUGUACACCACACUGAGAGACGGGCUCAUUGUGACCGGAGGCAAGGAGCGACCGUCGAAGGAGGGAGGUGCCCUCAAACUGUGGGACCAGGAGCUGAAGCGCUGCCGGGCUUUCCGCCUGGAGACGGGCCAGGUCAUAGACUGCGUGCGCUCUGUGUGCAGGGGGAAGGGUAAAAUCCUGGUGGGGACACGGAAUGCAGAGAUCAUUGAGGUGGGAGAAAAGAAUGCGGCCUGCAACAUCCUGGUGAACGGCCACAUGGACGGACCCAUCUGGGGCGUGGGGGCCCACCCCUCCCGUGACGUCUUCCUGUCUGCUGCCGAAGAUGGCACCGUGCGACUCUGGGACAUUCCUGAGAAGAAGAUGCUCAACAAGGUGAACCUGGGCCACCCGGCACGCACGGUCAGCUACAGCCCCGAGGGGGACAUGGUGGCAAUCGGCAUGAAGAACGGGGAGUUCAUCAUCCUGCUGGUCACCUCGCUUAAGAUCUGGGGCAAGAAGAGGGAUCGCCGAUCCGCAAUCCAGGAUAUCAGGUUUAGCCCAGACUCUCGCUACCUGGCGGUGGGCUCCAGCGAGAAUGCCGUAGACUUCUAUGACCUGACGCUGGGUCCAGCGCUUAACCGCAUCAACUGCUGCAGGGACAUCCCCAGCUUCGUCAUGCAGAUGGACUUCUCUGCAGACAGCUGCUUUGUCCAGCUGUCCACUGGUGCAUACAAACGGCUGGUAUACGAGGUGCCUUCAGGAAAACAGGUCACUGAACAGGCAGUCAUUGACAGGAUCACCUGGGCCACAUGGACUAGUGUCCUGGGUGAUGAGGUGGUGGGGAUCUGGUCCCGCAACACUGACAAAGCAGACGUAACCUGUGCCUGUGUGUCCCACUCUGGCCUCAACAUCGUCACAGGCGAUGACUUUGGAAUGGUAAAGCUGUUUGACUUUCCAUGUCCAGAAAAGUUUGCUAAACACAAGCGCUUUCUGGGUCAUUCUGCCCACUUGACAAACAUUCGCUUUACAAGUGGGGACCGCUAUGUGGUCAGCGCCGGUGGUGACGAUCGAAGUGUCUCCCACAGCCUGUUUGUCUGGAGGUGCAUCCAUGCGCCUCACUGAGGGCCGUGCCGAAUGCAGAGGGGGCUGCACGGGGCGUUCCAGCAUGGCCGAGGAGCAGAAACCCACAGCUGGACAACUGCAUGUCAAAGGGACGUCAAACCUGGCAGCUAGCACCCACAACAGUGACUUACAUUUAUUGCGCAAGACUGGGCAUGUGCACACAAGCGUCAUUUCUGCGAAUGUACUGUCCAUUGCAGUGCUCUUUCUGGACAAUCGACACCGCAGUCUCGUGGACUGCAGUUCGCUUGAAAAAACUACAAAAUCUGACGCAAGACCUCAGAGUCACUAUCAUCAACCCCUCACUAAGUUUUUAUUUAUAUAUCAUGUUUAAGUUUUGUGGUUUAUCUUGUAUUUGGUGUGCGUGUGUGCAUCCUUUUUUUGGUUUCAAUAUUUUAGGGGCACAAUGGUGCUUGUUGGUCAGAUUCAGUAUGAACUAUGGACAUGCCAUCUUUUAAAACAACGUAGCAAACAUGAUUAGCCUUAAACUUGACCUUUCGUGUGUGUGGUUGCGUGAUUUUUGUUUCGAUGUUUUUCUAAGUUAACCUGUUAUUUUUGUUCAGGAGUGUCUUGAGGCUUUUUUUUUUUAUUUCUUAAACUCCUGUGGCCUUCUUCCUGAAUGUACAUCCGAGUUCUAUUUUGGAUGUUAGCAUGCCAAAGCAUACUAUGCACUGUACACCUGACCCGGUCACUGUGGUAACCCCAAUGGUUUGUUCAUGUAACUGUGCUAUUUACUGGUUGAACCUAAAACCCCUUGAUGUAUCUGAACCUGAAAAUAUGUGAACUGAAAUGUAGCAUUUUUGGCUUGUGCGGUAACCCUUCAUGACGUAUGUAUGCUAGUAUGUUCGCGAGUGUGUUCUGCGUACAUGUGCAUGGCUUACUGAAAGACAAUCCCUUACCAACCAAAAUCCUCAAAUGUAAAAAAAAAAAAUUUAAAAAGGAAGAAAGUUUGACAUUUUCAAUGCACUGUUGUCCCCCCCCCCCUUGAAUCACUACUGUAAGUGUGCUGCUAAACCAUGUUUUUUGAAACUGAAGUUCACCCAUUUUAAAUCAGGCUUGAAUUAAAGUAGGAAAACACUGAUAUUAUUUUGUUGUCAAAUAAUACUUCCUACUUUGAAAUAUCUGUCCAUAUGAAACUUAAUAUCCACUCAGUGAGCUGUUCUUUUGAAAUUCUGGAGAGAACAGGGACAUGUGACCCAUGCUUCGGUUGCUGGGUGUGAAAUAAUCUUUAUAGUUCAUAGUUUGUAAAAUUGUCUGCAAACCAUGUUCACCUCUCUAAAUGGUCACCAAUUUCCAGUCUGUCGUACAAAGACUAUUCAGAGUAAAUUGUACGGCAUCGUUUUUUUUCCUAAUGAUUUAGAAACUUAGCCAGACAGUUUUAUACCUCUACAGGAGUAAAGGGUAUAGUCAAAUCAUUCAAGACAUCAUGUUCCGAUUGGCUACAAGUACUCCUCCAACAUAACCUCGGGCUCACAACCCUAGUCUAUACAAAACAUUUUAAAAAGCAUCAUCUCAAUUUGAGCUUUUAUAUAAUAGAAUACCAUUAAAGGCAUUUGUUUCCCACUCCAUUAUUUCAAACCUGGCUUAAAAUGGUUGAAUUUUAUUAUACACAAGUAUUGUAUUUAGCUAUUUUUUAAAACAAGUUUCAUUUUUUCAUGAACAGAUCCAAUAUUAUUCAGCAGGAAUGUUUUAUCGAGGAACAGUGAAAAGUAACUUGAAAAAGUGCAAAAGUUCUUUAUUUUGCAAUUUUGUAUAUAAGUUAAAAUGUGUUCAGUGCAUAUUUUAAUUUUCCUGAGAUCAAUGUAAAUAUCAUUUGUAAAGACAUUCUUUUGUAUAUUUUUGUGAAAUGUUUCCUAAAUCAGUCUUUAAUAAAAAAAGAGGAAACUUA